UUGUUGGCUGAUUGUGACUGGAGUAGAAUGUCAUCAAAAACGUCAUCUCAAAAAUGUCAAAAUUUAACCUGAAAUGGAUGUUCGAAGGUCGACCUCAAAUUUGUUCACUGAUAGUUUGAAGUAUUUUUGUGUUUUUAUAAUUACUUAUCAGAAAUUUAAAAAAAUAAGACAUCGCGUUUGAUAGCAAGUUGUUUUUUUUCAAUUUUUCUUUAUAAAUUUUGAUAGUUUCGAGUCGUGAUUCACCUCUAGUUAAAAUUGUACAUCGGCCACACGUGAGGUAGUGAUUUUAAGGUUCAGUGUAAAAUUGCAAUAUGGAAUCGUGGGAUGAAGAUACUUUUGAACCAACUGUCCCUAGCGUUGUUCCAGUAGCCUCUAAUAAGUGGGAAGGCGAAGAUGAAGAAGAAGAUGUUAAGGAGAGCUGGGAGGAUGAAGAUGAAGAAAAGAAAGAAGAAAUAAAGGUUGAGACAGAACCCAAGAAACCCAAAAAGAAACCUUUAGCUGAAAAAAUUGCUGAAAAAGAGAGAUUGAAGAGAGAGGAGAUGGAAAGGAGACUUAGAGAGGAGGCAGAAGAAGAUAUAUCUCCUGAAGAAAAACUUAGGCGUCAACAAGAAUCUGAUUUGAAAUUAGCUUUAGAAACCACUUUUGGUGGCAAUAAAAGUAAUGAAGUUAUAUCUGAUAUUUCCUUACCCAACUCAACCGAGGAAUUUGAGGCAUUCACAGAUACUCUAUCUAAAAAACUCACCCCGUUAUCAAAAAGCACAGAAUAUCCCACAUUCGUAGAAAAUUUGACUAGAAAUUUAUGUGCCACAAUGUCUUCAUUGGAUAUUAAAAAAGUUAAAAACUCUUUAGAUAACUUAUUUUUGGAAAAGCAAAAAAUUGAGAAAGGAGACAAGGCCAAAAAGAACAAAGGAAAGGGCAAGGCGAAAUUACACAUUGAAGGUGACAAUGUAUGUAUCAAGGUGCAGGUCUUGACUGUUUUGUGCUCUCCUGAACAACUCCACGUUGCCCUAUUUUAUAAGUGUCUUUUCCAUCCCACCCCAAUGAACUUAACAAACUCCUAACUUCAGUGACAGUGUGUUCAUUUAAUUUUUUCUUAUCUGUUGAUAUCUCAAAUGGAAACUUGAUGAUCCACGUGUUAUUGUUUCUUCUGGCAAGAUAUUUAUAUACAGGAUGUUCUUUAGAGGCAGUUAAAGUGUUAUUCAAAUUAGAAUCUGGUACUUGUCUAACUUGGAAACUCUAAAACUGUUUGUGAUAUUUAUAUUUAACACACCAUCAAUUAUCACUACACCAAUAAUUACACUGAUUGUUCAAGUCUUCUGUAGGUUCACAUCAGGCUUGAAGGACCAGAUAGUGUAAUUGUGAGUGUUGGUCUAAUGGUAGCAAAUGUGUGUUCAAUAUUUUCAAGUUGAGUAUUUGUAUCCUAAUUAAGUUUUUUUUUUACAGCAACUUUCUCAACUAUCUGCUUAUGUAGACGAUUAUAAUGAAUACGACGAUUUCAUGUAGCAACAAAAAAUUCGGAUAUCUCUUUAUACUAUUUUAAUAUUUUUUAAAUAUAAAUUAUUCAUAUUGUAACAAAUACUUCUAACUUGAUGAACGCAUUUUAUCAAUUAUACAAUAUAAUAUUCAUUUUUUAUGUACAUAUUAUAUGUAUAUACUAAACUUACUGGUUUUAAAUUGGCACAAAUAAAAAUAAUUCAUACAUUUUUU